CGAUAACGUAAAAAUGGCUAAUAUUCAGGCGAAUUACGAAAUAUUUGGCUAAUUAAUAGAAUUUUUAUAAGUUUGGAUAAUAAAAAAGAAUUUUUAAAAAAUUUGGAUAAAAAAUAGAUAAUACCAAAAAAAAUUAUGUUCAGGAGCCUUUUCAAAAAUGUGUGAUAAAGUUGGAGAAAACUCACAGUUUAGGAUUUUAGGUUGGUCACUGGUCAACAUCGACGGAGACCAAUAAAUUUGGAGGAUUCUCUUAAUAAGUUUCUAGAUGAACCCAAAGCUUGUUGCCGUCGAGAUACCGACCGACGCCAUUGUCAUCUUACAAAGACUGUAAAGACUUUUUUGAACCACCUCGUUUCUAACCAAGCCAAGUGGCCUAAUCAAACAUCAAGUCAAGAACUUUCAUCACCUACCGCUGCUUAAUCCAACAAGAAAACAAACCCCUUCAUCCCUGCAAUCAUAACCAUCUUUUGGCACCAAGAAGAAAGGAAGGAAAGAAAGAAAGAAAGAUACUCUCUAACCAUUCCCAAGCUUAGCAAACUCGAAUUCCCACUGCUUUCUUUCCACCAACUUCCCAAACCAUGGUGGAAAUCGACCCAUCAUUCAUUCAAGAAACAGAGCACAGGCCAAGCUCCAAAUCACCCACACAAGAAGAAAAACUGGGCGCCUCGGAUCAAAUCCCAGUAAUCGAUCUCUCUUCCGACACAGAAUCCCUGGUCACCCAGAUCGGCGACGCCUGUGAGAAGUGGGGGUUCUUUCAGGUGAUCAACCAUGGAGUCCCGCUGAAGCUGCUCGACAAAAUGAAGAGGGUCGGUAAACAAUUCUUCGACCUGCCCAUGGAGGAGAAGAAGCGAGUGAAGCGGGAUGAAGUCUACCCCAUGGGUUACUACGACAGCGAGCACACCAAGAACGUUCGUGAUUGGAAGGAGGUUUUCGAUUUCUUGGUGGUCGAUCCGAGUUUCGUUCCCGCCACCGAAGUUCCUGAGGAUCCAGAGCUCAGGACGUUGACUAAUCAAUGGCCGCAGAUACCUGCUGAUUUCAGGGAAGUCUGUGAGGAAUACAACAGAGAAGUUGAAAAGCUAGCGUACAAGUUGCUGGAAUUCAUUUCCCUGAGCAUGGGUUUGCCUGCUGAGAAACUGGGUACCUAUUUCAAGGACCAGAUCAGCUUCUCCAGGUUCAAUCACUACCCUCCUUGCCCGUCCCCCGAGCUAGCUCUCGGCGUUGGAAGGCACAAGGAUGGCGGCGCAUUGACUGUGUUGGCUCAGGAUGAUGUGGGAGGGCUGGAAAUCGCGAGGAGAGACGACGGAGAAUGGAUCCCUGUCAGGCCUGUUCCUGACGCCUUCAUUAUCAACAUUGGCAACUGUAUGCAGGUGUGGAGCAAUGACAAGUACUGGAGUGCAGAGCACAGAGUGGUGGUGAACUCGAAAAGGGAAAGGUUUUCGAUACCGUUCUUCUUCUUCCCUUCCCACCAUGCCCAGAUCAAGCCUUUGGAAGAGCUAGUGAAUGAUGAUAACCCUCCCAAAUACAAGGAGUUCAACUGGGGGAAGUUCUUCACCAGCAGAAACCGCAGCGAUUUCAAGAAGCAGGAGGUCGAGAACGUUCAGAUUGAUCAUUUUAAGGUAUCAAACUGAGUGGUUUUAGUUUCAGUGUGGGGGAGCUUUCUUUCCUUUGCUGCUGCUACUACUACUACUUUUGUUGUUGCUGCAAUGGCCAUUACCGGCUUGUGUAGUUGUGUUGUAUAAUGAAAGCAUGAAUCAAAAGGGAGCAAUUCA